AUGCUCAAACUUCCUCGAUACUCAUCAAAAACUGAUUGGCAGUCAAAACAAGCAUGCACAUCCUCGCCACCAACACCUUCGACGGCCAAUACUCUACAACACUCGGCCACACUCCCAUCUCCCAAACUGGCUUCAUCCCCGUCCUCGCAAACGUACGAGGAUCAGCUGAUGCGACUGAUAGGCCAACACCUCCACCUGUGCUGCAGGGACAAACUGUGCUACGUCGGGGAGGAGGACGAGAGUUUGGUGGAGACCAUCAGCGAGGAGUUCCAGUUGAUCACUCCCCCUAAAUGCCUGUCUCCGCGGUCACUCUUCACUUCCGUCCGCCGGAAUACAAGCAUAGACGAGUACUUCUCGACCUCCUCCACGAUGAGGACUCGUUUCAACCGCCUCCUCGUCGUCCACUGCUACCACAAAAUUGACAAUUUCAAAUGGUUUCUCCAAAGCAUUUUUAGGGAUUUCCGGAUUAUGGUCAUCGCCCGUCCUCCCGCCCUCAACACGCUGCCCGCCCUCCCACGUGCAGGGGAGAACUACCACAUCGACAUUCUCCGUGACCUCAAAAGCUUUGACUUGGAUAUCGACUACCAGGUGGGUGUUGUGGUCAAUGCAGAUUGAAACGAUUGUAUUCUGCAUUCACAAAGAGGACUGGUUCCGCAUGCUGGCCGACGGGUUCCCCCACGACCAGACGAAGGACAGUCAGGGGGAAUUUAACUACGCGGACAGUGUGGUCGAA